AUGCGUGGGAAAUCAAGUUUCGUUGUUUUCUCCUUUUUGUUUUUGCUCACAAUAGUAUCAUAUAUUCCUCAAGGAGAAGCUCUUUCACUUGGUAAUUAUGAACACCAUGAAAUUCCAGUUCCGGUAGUUGGCCCGGAGAGUUUGACGUUUGAUUGCAACGGGGCAGUCUAUGCAGGGGUUGCAGAUGGCAGGAUUUUCAAAUGGCUAGGGAACCAAUAUGGGUGGAGCGAGUUUGCCACAACCUCCCCAUCUAGGUCAAGAGCACUGUGCGACGGCUCUACCAAUAAAGACAAUGAACCAACUUGUGGGAGACCUCUCGGCCUCCGGUUCGACCACCAAACCUGCGAGCUUUAUAUAGCCGAUGCCUAUUUUGGCCUUAUGAAGACCGGACCAAACGGCGGUGUAGCACGAGUGCUUGCAACUUCAGUAAAUGGAACACCUUUCCGGUUUACAAAUGAUGUGGACAUUAACCCUGUAACUCGAAUGGUUUAUUUUACUGAUUCAAGCAAAAUUUAUCAAAGAAGGCAAUGGGAGUCGUCAUUCAGCACUGGUGAUAGGACUGGAAGACUAAUGCGAUAUCAUCCAGAUUCUGGGGUAGUGGAUCUAUUAAUGGAUAAUCUAGCUUUCCCAAAUGGAGUAGCUGCGAGUCUAGAUGGUAAUUUCGUGCUAGUAACCCAAACUACAAGCAAAAACAUUCUAAGGUAUUGGGUUCGAGGACCCAGAAUGGGUCAAUCAGAAGUUUUUGCUACGACACAAGGUUUUCCUGACAAUAUCAGGAGAAACAUAAAUGGAGAUUUUUGGGUUGCAGAGAAUAGUGAUGGACAAGGUAAAGCAGCUAAAUUCGAUGCCUACGGGAAUUUCAUGGAAGCCAUAGAUGGACUCAAUCCUAUUAGCCAUGCUCAACAAUUUCAUGGUAAUCUUUGGAUUGGUUCGAUUGUAAAUCCCUUUGUGGGUAUUGUUCGCAACAUUGCAACUUAG